AUGUUCCAAAGAUAAAAAUUACAAAUACUUAAUACAUAGAUGAUCCAUUGUUCUAAUAAAAGCCUGUAUAUUAAGGCACUUAAGUCCUAGAAGAUAACUUCUUUGCAAUAAAUAUAACAUAAGAAUGGUCAUUUUGCAUACGAAGCAACUCUUUCGGAUGGAAAUAAAUUGCUAAUGCAUCAUAAUCCAAACAAUAACAAUGAGUUGACAUUUACAAAAAAAAUCGACGCUUAAGGUAAAAAUGGGUAUUCAAAUAAAUGGAAAGCGGUUGGCAAACCAACAGAAACUAAUUCAGUAACAGUCUAAGAAGUUUAAUAAUCAAUAAAGGGUUAAUAGAAUGUAAAAUUUAACAUGAAAAACAUACAAGCCAAGGAAAUGAAUUAUCAAUUCUAGCAGGCUAAAGCAUAGGGAUAAAUUGGUGGAGCUAUUGCAGGAACAGCAGGGAGUCUAGCAGUUGAUUGCAUGAUUGAUGGAGUUGAUGGUGAAAAACUAGGCAAAGGGAUAUUGUUUUCUGCUUCAGUUUAAGGUGGAGUGAUGUAUGCCUAAAGUGUAAAAUCUUUGGGAAAAGUAGUUCCUUAUGUUGGAAUCGGAUUAACUGCACUUAUGGCUUCCAUCUCUGUUGGAGGAGUGUUGCUGUCAGAUUUUUUAAGUGAAAGUGAGAAACUUUAUAAUUCUGUGUUGAUUGCUAUCAAAACCGGAGGUGCAAAUAGGAUUUGGUUACUUAGGCAUUGA